CUCUUCUUCUUCCUCCACCUCCAUUUUUGAUCUUUCGUUUCUUCCUCCUCGGCAAAAACACUGCCAAAAAUGUGAUGGUUAGAGUUCCGGCCAUGACCGCUGAUGAUAUCAGUUCUAAAUUCCCGUUCUCUCCGGCAACAGAAACAUGGGAGACAUUCUGGCAGGUUCUGAUUCCGGGGACGGGACCAGCGAGACCGUUCUCAUCGAAAUUGAAGAAAUUCAAGUUGGGGAGAUGGAAAAUGGGGUUGGGGAUCCUACCGGAGAGUCUGUUUCUAGACAAAUCCAAAUACUCAAGCUGGGUGAGAUUCAAAAUCUCACCGGGAAUCCCUCCGGUGAAACCAUUCUCAUGAAGAUCCAAACACGUGAGGUACGACAUGUUGCCAAGAGAUGGCGGCAGGCCGCCGGAAAAGCCAACCAUAUUCACGGUGUUUGUGAGCGAUUGGAGAAGAUGACCUUCAAGAAGGUUGGAGCUCAAGUCCAAGUGAGCGAGAGAAUGGAGAUUCCCAAAACUGGAUGGGAUUUGGCCGGAAAGCUUAUUCCCUGUUCGAUGAAACAACAGUAAUGUUUGGAUUCUACUUAUAUUUUAAACUCUACAUAGAUUCUGCGAAUUUUUCAAACUCUACAUGAAUUCUUCAAAAAAAUCCACUAAACUCUACAUAGAUUCCAUAGAUUUUUCAAAUCCACUGACUUUUUGAAAUCUAAAAAAAUCUAAUAAAAUCUUAAUUGAAUA